UUCAGGACUGUUGCUAUGACUUCUGCCUCAGACGCCUCUCUCUAUUAAGUCGAAAGCUAUUAUCCAAAAACAUUAGUCUACAUUCUAAAUUCCAUGUCAAUCUUCUUUUAAAGCGCCUAUGUUCACGUUUAUACUACAUAUAACUUGAAAAGGGCGGAGCAUUGUGGCUAAUCGAACGGCUACAUGGACUGAACUGUUUGGACAUUUCGACUGUGGACCAAGGUGUUAAAUCAGACCAAUAUGAAGAGUGUCUUCACCCUUGUGGAUGAUGCCUGGACAGGCUCUAAGUUACUGUACAAGUGGCAGAAAUCCCUUGGGAAUUAUAUAGCUGUUGCAGGACAAGACAGCUCAGUAAAAAUAUUCGAUCGCCAUGGACACAAGUGGACUGAAAUCAGCCUUCCCGGGCGUUGUGUGGGCAUGGACUGGGAUAAGGAUGGGGACAUUUUGGCAGUGAUAGCAGCCAAUUCCAGUGCCAUCUACCUUUGGGAUGCCAGCGUGAAUAAAACAUCUAAGAUUGACAGUGGCAUGAGGGAUCACAUGUCCUUCAUUGUGUGGUCCAAAACAGCACCCCUGCUGGCAGUUGGGACCGUGAAUGGAAAUCUGGUGAUCUACAAUCAACAGACUUCACACAAGAUCCCGAUACUGGGAAAACACACCAAGAAGAUCACCUGUGGCUGUUGGAGUGAUCAGAAUCUGCUGGUUCUUGGAUGCGAAGACCACUUUCUGAGCAUCAGCAAUCAAGAUGGGGGCUAUAUCAAAACGUACAACAUAGGUGGGUCACCUGGCGAUAUUAACUUCUCAGUGAUGAAGACAAACGAAAGGACAUCCCAAGGAGAGAACACUGUGAGUGUCUGUGUGGACAAGAAGGUUUUAAUCCUAUUUAACGUCCACAACACCGAUGACUGUCAUGACCUGGAGUUUUUGGCGGAUUACGGAUCCAUUGUCUCUUAUCGCUGGUUUGGUGAUGGGUAUAUACUCAUUGGCUUCUCCAAUGGAUACUUCCUUGUCAUUUCCACGCAUGACACAGAGACCGGAGAGGAGAUCUGCGAGGUUCGCAACCAUAAAGACAGCCUAAACAGUGUAGCCAUCUCAUCAGCAUUAAACAAGGCAGCUACCUGUGGGGAUAACUGCAUAAAGAUCCAUGACCUCUGGGACCUCAAGUACAUCAGCAAUGUCAUCCAGCUAGAGGAUGAGACGAAAGGUCUGGACCAGCUGAGCUGGACAGAUGACGGCCAGCUCCUAGCAGUUUCCACACAGAAAGGGACUCUCCAUGUCUUCCUCACAAAGCUGCCUAUCUUGGGGGACAGCUAUGGAACCAGACUGGCCUACCUUACAUCUUUGCUGGAGGUCACAGUAGCAAACUAUGGGACAACUCCUGUGGUCAUACAAGUGGAAAUAGAACCAACGUUUAUUGCUGUGGGACCUUUCCAUGUGGCUGUUGGAAUGAACAACAAAGCCUGGUUCUACGCCCCUCUUAAACAAGAAUCGGUUUUUACCAAACUGAAGGAGAUUGAAUACUUCGGGACAGUUGCCAGCAUGUGCCUUAAUGCAAAAUACGCUGCAGCGCUGUUUGAUGGCAAAGUACAGCUGCACAUGAUCGAUGGCAGUGAGCAGGAGGAGAGGAAGCAGAUGAAGUUGUUCCCAGACGAUGACAGAAAAGGGCGUAUUCUUUGCCACGCCCUCACCGCGGACUUCCUCUACUAUGGCACUGAUUUAGGUAACGUGGUGUGUGUCUUGGUGGAGGAUUGGGAGACUGUGAGCACUUACAGCCAUGCGGUGUCUGUGAAGAAAGUUUUCCCUGAUGUAAAUGGUACGCGCUUGGUUUUCAUUGAUGACAAGAAGGGCGGUUUCCUACUCACCCUCUCAAGCACAGCAGAUUCCUGCCUUGAGCUUCCAAAUUUCUCCCCUACUAUCACUGGGGUGCUAUGGGACAAUUGGCACGGGGACAGAGGAGUUUUUGCAGCCUACGAUGACGACAAGGCCUACACUUAUGCCGUGCAUAAAACAACCAUCCAUGGCCCGCGAGUGAUACUAGUCGGGAGCACGCCCCUUGUCUCUUCCCCGAAGCCUUUGCUGUUGUACAACGGGGUGUUGACGUGCCAGACGACCAGCGGCAAGAUUAGAGAAGUGGCACUGAGCACACACUCGUUCCUGGAGCGCUCAACCAGUGCAUCGUCUGGGCCGCAGCCAGAACUCAGCAAGCAGCUCAUGCAGACCCUGCAGCUCAAGAGGUUCCAUGAAGCUUGGGAUCUGUGUUUGAGGGCGGGCAGUGACGCCGACAAAGCCGAGGUUGGCAAAGCCUGUCUGGUCCACAUGGAGGUGGAGCUGGCCAUCCACUUCUACCGCAUGAUUGGCAAUGUGGGCAUGGUGCUGUCACUGCAGGCUACACAGGGCAUCGAGGAUAAUAAGUUACUUGCAGGUCAUUUGGCCAUGUUUCUGGAGGACUACUGUCUUGCUCAGGAUCUCUAUCUGGCCUCUAGUUGCCCGAUAGCUGCCCUGGAGAUGAGGAGAGACCUGCUGCAUUGGGACAGUGCUUUGAAGUUAGCCAAGGGGUUAGCAGAAGACCAGAUUCCUUUUCUCUCCAAAGAAUAUGCUGUUCAUCUGGAGUUUAUUGGAGACUACAUGAAUGCUCUUUCUCACUACGAGAAAGGCAUGACCCAUAAUAAUAAAUUCCAGGAGCAUGAUGAGGUGUGCCAGGCUGGUGUGGCCAGGAUGUCCAUUCGGAUGGGGGACAUAAGGAGGGGAGUGGCCCAGGCUGGUCAGCACCCAAGUAGAGUUCUGAAGAAAGAAUGUGCAGCCAUACUGGAAAGCAUGAAGCAAUUUUCUGAAGCUGCCCAGCUCUAUGAAAAAGGACAGUGUUACGACAAGGCGGCAUCGGUUUAUAUUCGCUGCAAAAACUGGGCAAAGGUGGGAGAGUUGCUCCCUAAUGUCACAUCUUCUAAGAUCCACCUGCAGUAUGCUAAAGCCAAGGAGGCAGAUGGCAAGUAUAAGGAAGCAGCACAAGCCUAUGGGAGUGCUAAAGACUGGGACAAUGUAACCCGGGUGCUGCUGGAUCACCUGAAGAAUCCAGAAGGUGCUGUUCGCAUUGUUAGAGAGACGCAGAGUGUUGAAGGAGCAAAGAUGGUGGCCAGGUUCUUCCUGUCUCUGAGUGAUUACGCCUCUGCCAUCCACUUCCUGGUUCUCUCUCAGUGCAACGAUGAAGCCUUCCAGCUAGCCCAGCAGCAUAGGCAGAUGGAAGUCUAUGCUGACAUCAUCGGUUCUGAUGCAACGCUGCAAGACUAUCAGAGCAUCGCACUCUACUUUGAGGCGGAAAAAAACCACCUGCAGGCUGGCAAAUUCUUUCAGAAGUGUGGGCAGUACAGCAGAGCCCUGAAGCACUUCCUAAAGUGCCCCAAUACAGAGGACAGCCUGGCUUUGGACAUGGCCAUUGAGACGGUGGGCCUAGCUAAAGACACCUCCCUGACCAAUCUACUGAUAGAAUACCUGAUGGGGGAGAGUGAUGGCAUCCCAAAGGAUGCAAAGUACCUGUUCCGUCUCUACAUGGCACUGCAGCAGUAUAGAGAAGCUGGCCGCACCGCCAUCAUCAUUGCCAGAGAAGAGCAGAAUGCCGGCAACUACCGUAGCUCCCACAACGUGCUUUUCAGCAUGUACACACAGCUUCAGGCCCACAACAUAAAGAUUCCUGCAGAAAUGGCCACAAACCUAAUGAUCCUGCACUCAUACCUGCUUGGAAAGAUCCAUAUCAAACGAAAAGACCACCUUAAAGGGGCACACAUGCUCAUUCGUGUCAGCAAAAAUAUCAGCAAGUUUCCUGCACAUGUUGUACCCAUUCUGACAUCAGCGGUCAUUGAAUGCCACCGGGCUGGGUUAAAGAACUCCGCUUUUGGCUUUGCGGCCAUGCUGAUGCGUCCCGAGUACCGAAACGAAAUCCACCAGAAUUACAGGAAAAAGAUUGAGGCUAUGGUUCGGCGUCCCGAUAUGUCAGAGCAGGAAGAGGAAACUACGCCGUGUCCAUACUGUGGCUUCCAACUACCACAGAAUGAACUGCUGUGUAUCUCCUGCAAGAACAACCUGCCUUACUGCAUUGCCACAGGUCGUCACAUGCUGAAAGAAGACUGGUCCGUGUGUCCUCAUUGUGAAUUUCCAGCACUCUACUCACAGUUCAUCUUGUUGCUAGAGAGUGAGACAGUGUGUCCCAUGUGCUCGGAGACCCUGACUGCCCAGCAGGUGAAGAAGAUCACAGAUUGUUCCAAAUACCUGCAAACUGAAGAACUGGAUCAGUGAAGGCGGUGUCCAUGGCGACGUGGGCGGGGCUAACAAUGACGGCUCGUCUCUGCUCCUCCUCUGCGCUCGCUCGUCUCUCCUGAGUGCGCUCGAUGUGAUGGAUGGCCUGAGAGGACGACAUUGCGCGUCACGGCAAAUAUUCAAAAAACCUUGCAACUUAAACGCACUGACCAAAAUAUUAGGUACAUCUAUUGAGUAAAAAGGUAAAAUGUUGGGUUAUGAAUGUUAAUAAGAUUGUUUUAUAAAAGCUGUUUCCAAUAUUUUAGUUGUAUUAUUAAGCUACCGUAUUUUUCGGAGUAUAAGUCGCUCCGGAGUACAAGUCGCACCGGCCGAAAAUGCAUAAUAAAGAAGGAAAAAAACAUAUAUAAGUCGCAUUUUUGGGGAAAUUUAUUUGAUAAAACCCAACACCAAGAAUAGACAUUUGAAAGGCAAUUUAAAAUAAAUAAAGAAUAGUGAACAACAGGCUGAAUAAGUGUACGUUAUAUGACGCAUAAAUAACCAACUGAGAACGUGCCUGGUAUGUUAACGUAACAUAUUAUGGUAAGAGUCAUUCAAAUAACUAUAACAUAUAGAACAUGCUAUACGUUUACCAAACAAUCUGUUACUCCUAAUCGCUAAAUCCCAUGAAAUCUUAUACGUCUAGUCUCUUACGUGAAUGAGCUAAAUAAUAUUAUUUGAUAUUUUACGGUAAUGUGUAAAUAAUUUCAAACAUAAGUCGCUCCUGAGUAUAAGUCGCACCCCUGGCCAAACUAUGAAAAAAACUGUGACUUAUAGUCCGAAAAAUACGGUACAUGGCAAUAGUUUUACAGCAACACACAAAAUGAAUGCCUCUCAACGGCGUGAAUUAAAACUGUUUUUGUAAAGGCAUUUUUUUUUCUUCCAUACAGCGUUUACGCUAAAUAGUUAGAUUGUGUUUUUCUGCCUGAGCUAAAAAUAAAAAAAAAUAAAAAAUGCUCACCUGCAC